UUGUAUGUAUUAUUUAGUAUUAUAAUGUGUUAGUGUCUUCAAUACACAUGAAACAGAACUCUUAUCAGGAAGACUAUGAUAAAACGGAAUUUGAAGCCAACGAGAUUACCUUUACACUUAUAAAACCAUGAAUUCAUUUCAAGAUUCAAAAUCUGUGUGAAAUUAACUGCUUUUUCAUUCGGUAUUUUAUUGUGAAUGAUAUCAUACUUUUAUCCAAAACUUUGUCAUAUUUAUCAACUACUUAGCGGUGCUUGAUAAUGAAACGUAAACUUUCUUCUUCGUUGACAUUGAAAGAAAGUCAACCUUCCUCGAUGUUAUAUAUGAAAGAAACAAAGCAAGAAUCAAAUAUUCCUUUAGCUGUCGUCAGUGGAUUCUUUGCAACUAUCGGAAGUCUACUUGGUAAACUCGCUGGUGGUGCCGAUGUGGAUUCCAUUUUCGGAUUGCUGCUUAAAGGAGUACUUUUAAUACUAAUGAUAAUAAGCAACACUGUGGGCUACGCAUUUUUCGUAAAAGCACUCAAUGCUAGCGGAUCUUCUUUACCAUGUACAAUAACUAGCGCCGCCACCAGUUAUAUUUGCUCGGCUCUUACGGGUUCCUUGAUUUUUAACGAAUCAACGUCACUUACUUGGUGGUGCGGUAUAUCUUUCGUUAUUCUGGGUUUAUUGGUCAUCUCUUGUACGCAAUCCAAAGACCAUCAUAUACCUUCCCUGAAGAGAUCGAAGAGCGAAUAAUUUCCGAAAAUGAUUUGGAAAUCUUUUUCUGCUACUUUCUUAAUAUUAUGCUGUGUCUACAUGUCAUCUACAUUGUAAUAAUAUUAUUAUCUAUUUUAGUAUGUAUAAAUUGAAUAAAUAAAUAAAAAAUUAUACUGAGAC